AUGUAUCCGAAAUCGUCUGUGCUCGUUUCGCUGCUGUUGGUCUUUUUAAAGGUCCAAAAUGCCCACUCUGCCUUCGAGUUUAGAAAUCUCAAGUGCACUUCCUUCGACGAAUCAUUUUCAUCAUUUGAGUUUUGCUAUCUAAAGUCUGUGAAUAGAACAUACAAAUACGGAUCUUUGAAAGUAAAACUUCACAAAGUGCCCAUAACUCAAAUAAAAUUAAAUUUCGCCAUAUAUCGACGGCUGAACGGCUAUAAGCCAUUCCUCUACAACGUAACGGUCGAUGGGUGCAAAUUUAUGACAAAUCAAAAAUAUUCUCCUGUGACAACAUUCAUUUUCAACCUCUUUAGUCCCUAUUCCAACAUAAAUCAUUCAUGUCCCUUUGACCAUGACAUCAUAGUUGAAAAAGUGCCGUGUUCGUAUUUAGACCAACAAUUGUCAGAUGUAUUGCCGUUUCCAAAAUCUGCCUAUGGAUUUUUUAGCGAUUGGUAUGCUUACGGCAUAAAAUGGGCAUCGGUUAAUCCUUAUGGCACUCUCACCUAG